AUGACAAAUCGAUUUGGAAUUAAGAUUGUUGCAUUUGGUAUGCGUGAAGCUGUUCUUGCAAGAUUCAAUUUUGGAUAUCUCCAAUUACGACCACGAAGAAAAUACAAGAAUUCUCGACCUAAGGUUCGUGUGGGUCUUCCAAAGAAGAACCCUAAAGUUUUGAAACCCGCUUUCACCAUUCCUCCCAAACUGUUACAAUCCCUUGCAGAAGACCCUAAAUGGGAUGAAAAAGGAAGCGUCACACAAAACUACAACUCCUUCGGUGUCGUUAAUGACCCUAACUCCCUCACCGAUAAUCUUCAAGCUCCUUCUGUUUCCGAUGACCUCAACGAUUCCGGCAGUGAUCUCGAAGAAGACGAUUUGAAAUCGGCACUGGGAAAGAGGAGAAGAGAUGGUAAAAGUGCACUUCCUCAACCUUUGACUUCAAUUCAGCGUCUUUAUAUUAGUCGUCUAGUUGAAAAAUAUGGAGCUGAUUUUCAGAGAAUGAUGAUGGAUAUAAAGCUAAAUCCUAUGCAGCAUUCAGUUGCGACUUUAGAGAAAUUGUGCAUGAGCUAUUACAUAUACAAGAACAAGAAUCCGCUUAUUGUUGGAAGGUGAAAUGCUUGGCUUAGGAGCAAGUGUAGGGCCGUCGAAGAUUACCAACUACAGGUGUAUGGGUCAUGAUGGGUGAAAUGUUGUUACAAUCAGGAUUUGUUUUGUUUUGACACUUUGGAUGUUGCUCGUGGAAUAUUGUUAUGAA